UACAAGCCGCUAUCAGCAUUGUCCUGACCCACUUGUUUUCAUUUCCGAAGCAAAAAUUUUGCAGAUAUGUCGUAUUCUGACAACAUGCAUGCUUCUUGCAUGUGCACACUGCUCGUGUCCCAACUACUGGACUUCCUUUGAAGGAUCUUGCUACACUCUCAUACAAAACCCGUCAACGUGGGCCGAAGCAGAGGAAAUAUGCAAAGACUUCGAUGGCUUUCUGGUGGAGAUCAGCAGCUCGGGAGAAAAUAAUUUCAUCAAAAGUUUUGUUAAGAACAAAGGCUUGUCCGUGCGGGCUGUAUGGCUCGGAGGAAAUGAUCUCCUGAGCGAGGCCAACUGGAUGUGGUCACACAGUAAACUGAACUUGGACUUCACCAACUGGGCACCAGGACAACCCGAUAAUGCAAAACACGCCGAGAACUGUUUUGAGCUGGUCCAUGCUGCCACAGCUACGCAGACUGCAGGACGCUUCCCUGGUUUGAGGAGGAUGUCGGACCACAAUGUCAGAAACAUCUCCACGGGGCUGGAAUCUGACCCAGAAGACUAG